ACCUGGUCUGCCUCCAGGAGCCUUGCUCCGGUUCUCGUAAGCUUGUGGGUUAUCAGUACCACGGCAUACGUAAGAACGAAGAGGCUUGUGUACUAUCAAAACGUGGCAUUUCCUGCCACACGGUAUUUGCUUCCCGAGACCUUGUUGUGGUCAAGGGAAGCAACUUUGGUAUAGCGUCAUGGUACCUCCACAGCACUGACAUGCCAAGGAGGGAAUCGGCGCUCUCUGAGCUUGACCAGGUCCUUUCCACAUGGCCUGUGUCCGUCCCGCUCUACAUUUGUGUCGAUGCUAAUGCUUGGCACAUAGCUUGGGGCUCAGAGCUAACUGCUAGCAACCUGCAUAGGCAGGCCUGGCAGCGUGGUGAGUCACUCGUAAAUUGGUGCCUGGAGAAAGGCGUUCGGAUUCUGAAUGAUGAUGAAUCCUUACCAACCUUUGAAUCCGAGCGGUAUCAUUCCUGGAUUGAUCUCACCCUACUGUACGGUACUCCCAGAGACGGCAUCUCGCCCCGAUGGGAGCUAGUGGACGACCUUUGCGGGUCAGACCACAGGUUACUCUACACAGAGGUAGACAGCCAGGGUGGCAAUCUUGUGCCCCCGCGAUUGGCCCAUCGCCUCGUAGAUGUAGCCAAGGUUAUGGAUGGUGCUUCUCGGAUUCCCUCUGAUACUCCUUUACAGGGUAUCACGGAUUCCUUGAGCACCUUGGCAAAACGAUUUACGCCGGAAGCCCCAGCCCCCUCUGACACCACCUGGUGGACGGGCAAGCUGUCUAGGCUGAAGGCGAAGCUUAAAAGGGCCCAGCGGACGUUCUACCGUCAUAAAAGGUUAAACGGCCCGGAUGCACCUUCAACGGCGCAUUAUCGGGAAAUCCGCGACGUUGCCAGACGUAAGUUCUGUGCAGCUGUCAAAGAGGCCAAGGGAGCAGCUGCUCGUAGAUUCUUUAAUGAUCUGCGGCACUACUCUCGUUGUGUUAAACGAGGUUGUCCCCGAAUUCCACCUGCGGCCAUAUGCCCGCAUGGAGUGAAUCAAGCGGACUUCCUCCUACGUAGGCUCUUCCCCCGUGAUCCCGAAAGGGCUGCGGAGGUCAAUGCCUUGGUUCUACCGCCGCAAACUGAUCCCAUCCCGGCGGUCACCUACUCUGAACUCAGAGAGGCGGCCAACGGUUUACGGAGAAGCGCGGCCCCUGGAAAGGAUGAUGUGACCAAUGGCAUCAUUCUCGAUACUCUCGAGGUGCUGAAGGACAACUGGUGUACCCAGUUCACUGAAGCCCUUGAGACUGGUAUAUAUCCCGAUGGAUGGAAGUCGUCCAAAGGGAUCUUCAUUCAUAAGGCCGGCAGAGACCCCACCAAGCCUAACGGCUGGAGGCCAAUCUGCCUGGUCGGUUCAGGUAGCAAGCUGUUCGAACGUCUCAUAGUAGAACGGCUUGCAUCUUGCCCGCAGAUCCAGAAGCGAUUGGACUCUCCGAUUGUCCAUGGAUUCUGCAAGGGCAAGUCGGUUGACUCUGCGGUCCUGCGCGUAGUCGAAGCGUUCAGGGCUGGCAGAAAAAGGAGUAAGAGCGCGCCUAUUGCACUUGUCCAACUCGACGUGCAAAACGCGUUUAGCUCGGUAAAACACAGCCACAUCCUGGCAACCCUGGCCCAAUACGAUGUCCCACGCUAUCUAGUGAGCAUUGUAGAAGGCUACUUAAGGGCCCAGAGUGUUUCGGCUGUCUAUGGUGCAGACGUGGCCACUCUGGAACUUCAACGAGGGGUGCCUCAGGGCAGUGCCCUGGGCCCCUUCUUGUUCCUUCUAUCCACCCUGCCGCUUGUAGAUGACUUCGCAAAAUUGGAGGCGAAAGGC